CUUCACUGAAAAAAUACUCGGUCGGGUAAAACACCUUACUCGGUCGGGUAUCACUUCCAGAGAGUUACCAGGCCGAAAUCUUCCUCAUACCCGGUCGGGUAACCUAACAUACCCGGUCGGGUAUCUGCUGUUGCAUUCAAAACAAUGCUCCAUCUUCAAUAACUUAUUAAUAAAUAAAAUGUAGUCAAAAUAGAGUGUAUAAAUAAUAUAAAUUUCAAUAUGUUGCAUCUAUUUAAGAUGGAGGUACUCUACAGUAGACAUGCACAAAAAUUGGAUGAGUGUCGAGUCUAGUCGAGCUAUGAUAUAUUCCUUUCGUCCUGUUGAGAUGGUCCUGCGUUUCCUUUUUGGUCUGUCCCAAUAAGAGUGUAUCAUACCAUAAGAUAGAGAUGGACUGCAGUGAGUUGAUUCCUGUUCUGGUUAUGGUGAUCGUGCAAUUAGGAUAUGCCGGAGUGAAUAUCAUUGGGACGGCCGUUAUGGGCGCCGGCAUGAAUCCCUUUAUCCACAUAGCUUACCAGCAAAUUUUCGGCAGCCUUGUCAUCACUCCCUUGGCUUUUUUCAUGGAGAGGAAUACAAGGCCCAAAAUGACUUUGAGGAUAUUUUUCCAAAUAUUUAUGUCGUCACUCUUUGGGCUGACGGGGGAUCAAACGGCAUACUUUGUGGGGCUAAAGCAUUCCACUCCAACCAUUGCAACGGCUUUGGCAAACUUAAUUCCAGCCGUCACUUUUAUCAUGGCCGUCCUCUUCAGACUUGAAAGGGUGGGAUUAAGAACAAAGGCGGGAAAAGCGAAGAUUUUGGGGACCCUAAUAUGCAUCGGUGGGGCGAUGCUGCUAAGCUUGUACAGGGGAGGCGUUGUGAUUGGGCAGUCGAGCAUUAACUGGAAAUAUGCAAAAAAUACAGUGGACAAGAAUAGUAGCUGUAACACUAGCAGCAGCCAUGGAGAUUUGUUGUUGGGGCCUUUCAUGGUCUUGCUCAGCGUUCUUUUCUACGCUGCCUUCCUAAUCACCCAAACAAGACUGGGAAAGGAGUAUGGAGCACCAUACUCUAGCACUGCUAUAGCCUGUGUGCUUGCAAGUAUCGAGUGUGUGACAAUUGCAGUUUCCACCGAUCACAACAUCUCUGACUGGGCUUUGACUCCCAUGAGGGCUGUCUCCACCGUUUACAAUGGGGUGGUGUAUUCAGCACUAGCAAUCCUGCUGACUUCAUGGUGUGUAGAGAGGAAAGGGCCUCUGUAUGUUGCGGUUUUCAACCCUUUGUUGCUCGUCUUUACUGCCAUUCUCAGCUGGGCUUUUCUUCGCGAAACCAUACACACCGGCACAGUGUUGGGGUCAAUCCUAAUUAUAGCGGGGCUCUACGUUGUUCUGUUGGGAAAGAAGAAAGAGGUGGACGUGAUUAAAGUAGAAGAAGACAAAUUGAAGGAAGCACACAAAAGUGAAGGCGGCCAAGAGUGCUAAUUAAUUGAUUAUUAAUAAUUGUGCUGCGAACUUUAAUUUAUGACCGAAAGCCAUGCAUAUUAUAAUUAUUAUUAUAUAUAGUGCAGCUAGGCACAUUAUUACCAAAACUCCAAAAGCCAUGCAUAUUAUCAUACGAUGAUGAUCUGAAGCCGCCGGAAGUAAAAGCAAAUACGGAUGCGCGGAUUGUACAAGUAUAUUAUUAUAAUUAUUAAAUUAUUAUUAUCCUGAUGAUGAUGAAUGAUGGUGAUUACCACUGUUAAUAUUAUUAUUGUUAUUAAUAUAUACCUUCGUUUUUAAUAGCUC